CACACGGAGGGACCACUGCACUGUGUGUGUGUGCGUGUGUGUGUGAGGGAGUGUGUGUACCAGUGUGUGUGAGUGUGUGUGGGUCUCUCACACUGUGCGUGAGGAGCGUGUACGCGUGCUGAGGGGUCUCAACAGAAUCAGAGGAUUUGGACUCGAUCGAGUUCAGGAGGAGUUGGAUGUGAAAACAACCAGAGGACAACACAACACAAACCCCAGAUCUGAUGCUUCCCGCCAUCACCAUGGAAACCGAGGCCAGUCACAUGCUGGAGGCGGCGCUGGAGCAGAUGGAUGACAUCAUCGCAGGUUCUAAAGCAGCAGCCGUGGACUUCUCUCACAACAUGUACGACCUGGGUUCUCCCAUGAGCGCCGGCCCGCUGCAGGUGGUCCAGCUGGCCGAGGACCUGAAACUCGCCCUGGAGCUCCAGCCCAGCCAGGAGGAGAGAGAUAGUGUGAGAGCACAGAUCCAAACAGAGACGGCCCAGACGCUGAUCCACUGGCUGCAGAGCGGAGCUGUGAACUUGUGUUCUCCAGUCAGCAAUGAAACCUACCAGGACCGGCUGCUCCGCCUAGAGGGGGACAAGGAGUCUCUGGUGCUGCAGGUGAGCGUCCUGACCGACCAGGUGGAGGCGCAGGGAGAGAAGAUCCGAGACCUAGAAACUUCUCUGGAGGAACACCGGCAGAAACUGGCCUCCACUGAGGAGAUGCUGCAACAGGAGCUGAUCAGCAGGACGGGUCUGGAGACUCAGAAGCUGGAUCUGAUGGACGAGGUGUCCUCCCUCCAACUGAAGCUGGUCGGCAUUGACCAGACGCACACAGACACACAACCUCAAGAUGCUGUGGACACAAAGCAGAACAAAGCCGAGUGUGUGGUAAAUCUCAUCAGUGAGCUCCAGGAGCAGAUGUGCAGGUUUCAGGCAGAGAUCAGCACUCGCAUCCAGGAGAAACGGGCCCUGGAGGAGCAGGAGGCGCAGCAGGAGGCGCAGCAGGAGGAGGAGUUCAGAGGCAGCCGAGCCCAGGGGUCAGCCGGCUCUGACCUCGGCCCCCCCGGCCCUGACCCCUGGAUGCACAAUGGAGGACAGACUGUACACGAUUUGUUACGAGAAGUGAAUCAGCUGAAAAACAAAGUGGACGAGCUGGAAGGAGAGAGGAGUCGAUACGAGAAGAAACUCAGAGCAACCAAGGCCGAGAUCUCCGAGCUGCAGCAGCUCUUGGCCUCCAGAGACGCCGAGAUCGAGUGCCUGCAGACGCAGCUGCUCGCCAGGGACGGCUCGGCCAGCGACAACGCAGAGAGAGACCAGGAGUACCAGAGGCUGAAGGUGGGGAUGGAGUCUCUGUUGGCGUCAAACGAUGAAAAGGAUCGUCGUAUAGAGGAGCUGACGAUUCUCCUCAGCCAGUACAGGAAGAUGAGGGAGGUCCUGGCUCUCACUCAGGGGAGCAGUGAGGAGGAGCUGAGCGGCAGUUUGAAGCUCAGAGCCAUCACACACAAAGCUCACUCCGACAUGCUGCGGUCCGAGAUCUCAUCAAGAGGAUCUUCUCCACUGAUGUUAUCGUCAUCACCGUACCAGAGAGAACUGGACUUAAGCCUCCAAAACUCAAUGGACACAUCCUUGGUGUCGACUGCAGAUACGAGUUUCUUCAACGGUUCCUGGCAUCAGCGCAGGUUGUUGUCCAGCAGCCUGGAGGAGCUGCAGAGUGGAUCCUUACAAAAGAAUCCUGACCUGGAGCUGAGCAAGUAUCAGACUCUCCCUGGAAAACGAAGUAAAAAGAGCGAGCGGAGACCUGAGAUGAACGGAGACGGAGAAUACUCGUCUCCCUCGCAGCUGUCUCCGGUCCACAGCCCGGAGCAGGACUACAGGCUGAGACAUCCAGAGCGGCUGGACGAGCUCGUCCUCUCAGACCAGUCCCCUCUGUCCUCGGGGGUGGACUCAGGUCAACAGUCCCCGGUCUCACCAGAGAACAGGAAGAGCCACAGAGGCAUUAAGAAGCUCUGGGGGAAGAUCCGCCGCAGCCAAUCAGGAAGCCCCGUCCAGGUGAUGGACCCGGAGCUGGGAGAGUUUAAGAGAGGAGGCUUCAGAGCCACAGCUGGACCCCGACUGGCCCGAUCAGGGAACACACGAGACCUGAAGUUGCCUUUCUCCAAGUGGAGCUCAGAUCAGGUCUGUGAUUGGCUGGAGGACAUCGGACUCGGCCAGUACGUCGUCUUCGCUCGCCACUGGGUCACCGGAGGUCACACUCUCCUGUCGGCCACCCCACAAGACCUGGAGAAGGAGAUGGCGAUGAAGAAUCCUCUCCACAGGAAGAAGCUGCUCUUGGCCGUCAGGACGUUCAGCAGCAAACAGCCGGAGAAGUCCGCGCAGCUCGAUUACAUCUGGGUUACACGUUGGCUGGACGACAUCGGCCUCCCUCAGUACAAAGAUCAGUUCAAUGAAGGACGAGUGGACGGACAGAUGCUGCAGUUCCUCACCGUGAAUGACUUGUUAUUCCUCAAAGUGACGAGUCAGCUCCAUCACCUCAGCGUCAAGUGUGCGAUUCACGUUCUCCACGUCAACAAGUUCAGCGCCAACUGCCUCAAGCGCCGGCCAGGCACCGAGAACCAGUUCUCUCCCAGUGAAGUGGUCCAGUGGUCCAACCACCGGGUGAUGGAGUGGCUGAGGUCCGUGGACCUGGCGGAGUACGCUCCCAACCUGCGUGGCAGCGGCGUGCACGGAGGGCUCAUCAUGCUGGAGCCGCGCUUCAACUCGGACACGCUGGCCCUGCUGCUGAACAUCCCUCCUCAGAAGACGCUGCUCAGACGCCACCUCACCACCAACUUCGACAACCUGGUGGGGGGGCAGGCGCAGCAGGAGAAGAGGGAGUUCACGGAGGCGGCCGGCGGCUCCCCCCUCAGCAUCGCGGCCAAAGUGAAGCCAAAGAAGUUGGGUUUCUCGAACCUGACUCACCUGCGGCGGCGCCGAGCGGACGAGUCCACGGAUUACGUCUGUCCCAUCGAGUCGCCCUCGCCGCAGGCGGCUCGGCCCGUGGCCAACGGGUCACAGGUGCGUCCGUACGCCGGCUUCAGAGGCCUGAGCCCCAUCCUGGACCGGGAGCCGGACCGGGAGCCGGACCGGGAGCCGGACCAGUCCAGGGACCAGGUGGGACUCGACGACAGCAGGGCUCUCCCGUCUCCAUGACAACACCCAUGACCACAACAUGGCGUCGGUGUGUCCACACCACGGACAGACAUGUUGUCACGCUUUCCGCCAAUCGGCUUCUACUCUGCUUCCUCUGCUUGCGGCCCAUAAUACCUCAGCUCAUCCGCUCCCUGCUCCCC